AUGACUGGGUCUGGAAGCAGCGAUUUACGAGCUCUCGUUUUUUAUGGAAUGGACUUCGAGUUCUGGAAGGUGAGAAUUGUCACCAUCGUAUGGGAUUUGGAAACUGUGAAGGAUUGUCAUCAGCCUAAGAAAACAUAUGUGGCCAACUAUUUGAACCAUGUUCAGAACAAUACAAGGAUGUUAUAUGCUUGCCAUAAGGCCUAUGUGCAAGAAAAUAGUGGUGUUUGGCAUCUGGACAGUGGUUGCAGCAACCACAUGACUAGUACUGAAUCAUUGCUUAUCAACAUUGACAUGAGUAUAAGGUGUAAGGUGAAAAUGGGCACAUGGGACUUGGUUGAUUCAAUUGGGAAAGGGACUCUGGUAGUGGAGACUAAGAGAGGAACUAGGUAUAUACCAAAAGUCAUGAUCAUACCUGAUUUAGAUGAGAACAUUCUCAGUGUAGGCCAAAUGGUAGAAUAUGGGUAUUGGCUAGUAUUUGGUGAUUUCAUGGCUUGCAUAUUUGGUGACAGGGAACUGCAAAACCAUGUUGCAACUGUGCAAAUGACGGGAAAUAGAUGUUUCCCUCUAAUGUUUGAAUCUGUGGAUCACAUUGUAGCAAAUAAAGUAACUAUUGAAAGAAAUACAUGGAAAUGGCGCAGAAGAUUUAGGCAUCUAAACUAUGACAGUUUGAGAAUGCUGCAAGAAAGGUGCAUGGUGUAUGGUGAAGAGUGUAUUACUGGUGUGCACAGCAAUGUUUCUAAUGCUGUGAAUAUGGAGAGUGAGAUCCAACUCACAGAAACUUAUGACAAUACACCAAAGAAGUGGAGAAACUUAAAUGAAGUGUUUGCUCAGUGUAGACUCAGUGUCAUUGACCCUGAGAACUACAAUAAAGCCUUUCAAGAUGAAGCUUGGAAGAAAGCAAUGAAUGAUGAGAUCACUAUGAUUGAGAAGAAUGCAAGAUUAGUUGCCAAAGGGUACACUCAAAAGCCUGUGAUUGAUUUUAAUGAGACUUUUGCACCUGUAGCUAGAUUAGACACUAUAAGGACUCUCAUUGCUUUGGCAGCACAGAAAGGGUGUAAAUUAUUCCAGUUAGAUGUAAAGUCUUAUUUUCUGAAUGGGAUCCUUAAAGAAGAAGUGUAUAUAGAUCAACCAAAUGGGUAUCUUGUCAAGGGAAAAGAACACAAGAAUUGCAAACCUAUCUCAAUCCCUCUACUUCCCACUGAUAAGCUAAGGAAAAAUGAUGGGAGUGAGGCUGUAGAUGAGGAAUUGUAUAGAAGAAUUGUUGGCAGCCUUCUGUAUUUGACUGCAACAAUGCCUGAUAUCAUGUACUCAGCAUGUGUACUUACCAAGUACAUGCACUGUCCAUCCACUAAGCAUCUUGGCACUGCCAAGAGAAUCCUGAGAUAUAUGCAAGGGACUGUGGAUUAUGGAAUCAAGUAUAAGAAAGGAAAUGCAGCCUUGCUUAUAGGUUUCUGUGACAGUGACUGA